CGACAAAUCCCAAUUAGGUAUUAUUUUAUUAUUUUCUGACUUUCUGGCCUUUGAUAUUUACAUUUUAAAAUUCAUUAAAAUGCAUAUUUUAUUCUACAAAGUCUCAAAUUCCGACCACAAAUGAGAGCAAAGGAGAGCCACCAAAUGAGUCACCGGGCCCCACACCUGCCCAACCCAAAUACACCACGUGGCACGCUCUGGUCCCUCUCGCGAAUCCUAGAUAUUUUCCCCGCGCCAAAUCGCCCACAGCCGUCCGUUGUAAAGCAGGCAGACGCGGUCUCCACCGUCCGAUCCCGUGGGUUUUUGAAGAUCUUUAUCUCGAUCCGCAUUUGUUCCCCCUUCAAUUUAGGCAGCUUAUUAAGAACCGAGAAAACUCGGAAGGAAGGAUUUCAUAUUUUUCAUUUCCCCUUAUCUGACCAAACGACGACCACCGGAGCGAGAUAUGGCGCAGCGGAGGAGCCGGAAGGAGAUCGACAGAACGGAAGAAUCGGCGACCAGUACUAGCUGGAGCGGCGGCGGUGGAGGAGGAGAAGAAGGAGAGGUGGUUUUGAAGAAGCAGAGGAUGGAGGAAAACGGAGAAGGAGAGAUUGUAGAGGUUGAGAGCGAGAGCGAGGGAGGUUGUGAUCGGAGGAGCAACGAUUCGGCGGCGGGAUUGGAGAAGAAGUUGUCGCCGAUGGUGCUGAGAGUUUUGCUGGUGGAGUCCGACGAUUCGACUCGGCAGAUCAUCUCCGCUCUUCUCAGGAAGUGCGGUUUCAGAGUUGCGGCAGUUCCCAAUGGGUUGAAAGCGUGGGAGGUGCUGAAAGGAAAGCCAAAUGAGAUAGACCUAAUCUUGACUGAAGUUGAUCUGCCUGCUGUAUCGGGAUAUGCUCUUCUUUCGCUAAUAAUGGAUCAUGAGAUAUGCAAGAACAUCCCGGUCAUAAUGAUGUCGACGGAGGACUCGAUUCACACGGUAUACAAGUGCAUGAUGAAAGGUGCGGCUGACUAUCUUAUCAAGCCUAUAAGAAGAAACGAGCUUGGAAAUUUGUGGCAGCAUGUGUGGAGAAGACAAAAGUUGCUUGGGAGAGAGAUCGGCAUGAAGGACAAUGAUGCUGUCCAAGAUAAGCUAGAGCCUGCUUGUGAACAUAAUGCUGCAAGUAAAUGUUUGAGUGGUGAUGGAGCUUUUUCUCAGAGAAACAAGGAGUGUGCUGAGAAGGGCAGUGACACACAGAGCUCCUGCACGAUGCUGGAUGUGGAUGCUGUGGGUUCUGAAGAGGACCAGCCUGUAGCUGCAUGUGAGGAUGUUGAUGGAAUGAGACUGGGCAAUGUCGUUGCAAAUGUAGAUAUGGAUUCCAAGGCUUGCGUUGGUAAUGUUACUGGCGAGGAAAUCGAUUUCAUGGGAGCAGCUCCAAUGCACAUAUCUUCAACACAUAUGAAAAGCGAGUUUGACACAUAUGGGCGUUUAGAUCUCUCUUUAAGAAGUUCUUUUCGUGGUGGGUUCGAGAUUCAGCCUGCAGAAGGAAAAAACAGUCUUGGGCAUUCUAAUGCCUCAUCCUUCACACGUUAUACUGGCAAGCAACUAUACCUCCAACAUUCAGAAUCUGCUACUGUAUCCAACCCAAAGGAACUUGCAGCUGAUUUAGACCGGAACUGUUCGGGAAUUACUGAUACCGAUGGUCCAUCACCUGGGAGGAGCAUCUCUCCACCAGAUGUUCAAGUCACAGAACCUGCAACAGAAAAUGCAAUUCAUCAGCAGAAUGUACUUCGAACCCAAGAUCUAGUAUGUGGGAUGAGGAAACAUGACAUAAAGGACCAUCGCUUUAGUUCCAUGUUUCCUCCCUUUCAACGUGAACAGUCAGUCGAUGAUGCAUCACCACCACAGAGUCCAUGCUCACCCAACCGCCUAGAAACUCCUGUUAAGUCGAGUCAGGCUAGUGACUCGACCAAUGAAACCCCGCAAAAUCAGGACAAGAGGUCGGGGUCUUCAGAGGAAGAGCAGGGCCAUACCGCUAAGCCUGACCAGAGUUCAAGCAGCAGUUUGUGCGAUGGUGGUGGUGGUGCAAGCUAUACCAACAGCAUGGGCGGCUACGGAAGCACUUGUGGAAGUAAUAGUGAUGUGGACCAAGGCGCCAUGAUCAAGGCUGAAACAGAGUGCAACAACAAUGAAGGAGGAGGAGCAGGUUCCUUCACACAUGUCAAAAGCUCUACUCGAUCGGUCCAAAGAGAAGCUGCUCUGGCCAAAUUCCGGCUGAAGCGUAAAGAAAGGUGCUUUGAUAAAAAGGUUCGAUAUGAGAGUAGGAAAAUGCUUGCUGAGCAGCGCCCGAGGGUGAAAGGGCAGUUUGUACGCCGAGUCCCAACCGCGCCCCCUCGUUUAGAAGUCGAGCAAUAAUAUCAACUCGUAAAUGUGGUACAGGAUGCAUUUAGCUGUUUGAUUUGGUUUUGAUCCAUCUACAGAUUCUUAUUAGGCGGAUUUGGCUAGUUGUGGAAACAAGAACCUCCUUAGGUAGAUGUCAAUGGUGUAACAUUCUUACCAAAGAAACCAUAAAAUAUGGUACACAUUUAGACAUACAUCCUCAACCAGCCUUUCCUUUCAGCAUGAGGCUGGUUUGUUGUAGAUGGGUUCUUUAUUUUCUUUUAGGAUAGAGCGGCUUGUAUGUUGUAAUUCAUCAUUGAAAAAAAAUAUGCUCAAACCUUUCUGCAGAUUUUGUUCAUUAGAGUAGGGCUUGUGGCUAGUUUGCAGUUUGUUUAUUUUUUCACUCUUGAACAAAGCUUGAUUUCUGCCAGAUUAUUGUAAACUUUUGGUGUAUAAACCUUGUAAUGUAUGAAUUAUAGAGAUUUGUUUUGCUACUUCUUCUAAAAGCAACAUUUCUUCUGUGAUGGCGCGGAGCUUCUAAGAGAGACUGAACGAAUUUGUGGUCCUUGAGAGCUAGCUCAUGGUGUCGGCGAUCUUGAGGAGAGUUGAAGACGAUGGUGGGAAAAGCUGGUUCUGGCCUCUGGGAACGAAGGUGGAUGGGAGAAGAUUGGGGAUUGGAAUGGGAUUGAGGACGAUGGUGGCUUUUUAAUUUGGUUAUUAUUGGCGGAUAGGAAACUACAAAAUACAUAAAACAAAAAAUCAAUAUAAUUAAAGUUUAUAU